UUCUAGAAAUUACUCAAAAUCCUAGCAAUAUCCUAACCCAGCAGCAAAUGGACGGCGGCGAGCUCCCCAAUCCCGACGACUACUCCGCCGCCGCAACCCUAAUCCCCUUCCCCCGCCCUCUCCCUCUCCUGCGAGGUCCAAUCAAAGCCGGUCCUCUCGACGAUCCCUCCUCUGGUCCAUACCACCUCGCCUUCAAAUCCGCCCGCGCCUGGGCCGCCGCGUAUCGGAGCUGCCGCGCCCAAAUCACCGCGCAAUGCGAAUCGGGUGCGCGGAUCGGCUGCUCCAUCUCCGCCUCUAGCAAAUGCAAACCCCCGUGGUGGAGAGUAAUUCUAGGCGUAUACUCGAAACAGGAUUUCAAGGAGAGGGAGAAGUGUGAGGAGAUUGAGAUGGAGGCGUGUUUCGCCGCUGCCAAGGAGAGAUGCGGCGGCUUCGCGAAGCAGAAGUGUGAGCCGGCGUUCAGGAAUGCGAGGAUUGUGGCGACUGGAUUUGAUUCGAGCGUGGUGGAUCGGAAGGGAGUUUCUCGGUUGAUUUCAGUGGUUUGUUUUGCGGAGGAAAAGAGUUAUGGGAUUGGAUUUUGGGGUGAAUUUGGGCAGAAAUGUGAGGUUACUAAUAUUAGAGGGGGGGAUUUGUUGGGUUCCAAUUGUGUGGAUGUAGAUGAGUAUUUGGGAAAGAAUUUAGUGUGAGAUUUUCAUCCUUUCUUCAACAAAAUGGAGAUGAGAUUCUGCUGAAGAGGAGAUUUUCAGCUACUGUACUUAGGAUACAGUUGUAGCUACGUGAUACUUGAUACUAAGUUUGAUGGUUCACUUCAAAGUUUCUCCACAUAUAAACUUCUGUAUCUUUUGGAAUUCUUCCUGAUCUACAAAGAUGAUCAUUGCUAUAGAGAGAACAGGAGAUUCCUGUGAUUUAGAGCUCUCGUAGCGAAGGUCUAUAUCUUCUUCAAUAUUCUUGCUUUUGGUAUCACUAACUUGUAAAUUAGAAUCUCUGAAAUGUUGUAGAUAACAUAUUAACAUAAUUUCCAGUAGUAAAUGUCUUGUAAAUCAGAGUAAUGUAAAUAUGGAAAUUGUUAAAAAAGUUCUUCGGCUA